AUGAGGCCAUUCAUGAAGUCAUCCUCCCAUUUCAUUUUUUUCAUCAUUUGUUUCUCUUCUCUUUCCAUUGACCCCCGCGCUGAUAAUGUUGACCCCCAGUUGAUAAAUGUUCCUUUGCCUGCAUUCAAAAACUCAUUGGAGAAGACCAAGGAACUUGUGCAAAAUGUGGCCUCUACCAUGUCACUUAUGCAUGCUGGUGAAGAUUAUGACAAUUCUACUGUUGUGGUCAUUUCGUACUGUGAGGAUUUGCUUAAUGAAACUGCUGACGUAUUGGAUUGGUCCCUUUCCACAAGUGAUGAUCUUAAAGCUGAUGUCGUUUCCCAUAUGAGAACAUGGCUAAGUACUUCGCAAUCCAGAGAAAAGAUAUGCGUGGACACUUUUCAAAAUAUGAUCGACUCAAAUGUUGCAGAGAGCCUUAAACAAGUGACAAAAUCAAUCGAUGAGGUCCUUGGUAUGAUCCAAGUGCAGCAGCAACAUCAUCUUCAUCGUCAUAAUGCUACUGCAGCUCCAGUUUCAGAUCCUGAUCCGUAUGAUCCUGCACUUUCCCGGAAGGCAGAUGUCACUGUUUCACAGGAUGGGAGUGGGAAAUUCAAGAGAAUAAUGGAUGCCAUUGCGGCUGCACCAAGCCAUAGCCAGAAGCAGUUUGUGAUAUUUGUGAAGAAAGGAGUUUACAAAGAAUAUGUGAAGAUUGAUAAAACAAAGACUAACUUGGUGUUGAUUGGAGAGGGCAUGAGUGUUACCACCAUAUCCGGAGAUAGAAGCAAUGCUAGUGGUUGGGCAACAAUGAAGUCAGCAACAUUUGGUAAGACACCAAAACUUCUUCUUUUUUCUUUUAAAAAAAAAGAAAAAAAAGAAGAAGGCUAA